ACCGCUGCCGCUACUGCUGCAAGAAGCCACCGGUAAAUGAAAAGGACAGCGGCCGCGGCAAGAACAGGCCACAGAAAUAGGCAAAAUGACAACUUUUUCUAACAAUAAGGCCACCAACAACACCUACGAAACUGGAGCGCCAGGCUGAGCAUUCGCGUUAUGGGUCAAUAGAGGAGGGCGAAAUAUACAAGACGUAAUGAACAGACGUAUAGGGAUUACUAUUAGGUGAAUGGAUCUUUUUCUACCCCCUCGCUCCUUUUUACGCUGGGAUUAACGAUCAACAAAUGAAAUGUGAAGAUUUUUAGCAGCUUUCUAUGAGUUUGGCACUCCUUUAAGAUUUUUCAAGCUGUUCAACAUUCGUCACUACCACCAAGCUGUGGUUCGCUAAUGGUGGAGAAAAUGGUCUUGUGUGGUACCUUGUGGUACGCCUAGAAAAACAAGGUUUUGCACGUGCGUCUUUUCGCUGCUGCUGGAGUCAUUGUUCCUGGUGACGUUCGAAUGAGUUGAGGAACCUAUGACGUGAGCAGUUUUCAUGAAUGAGGAUUCAUUUUCGAUUAUUCGGUUUUAUUUGGUAAAUUGACCUGACCUGUAGUCCUCCAGAGAUUCCCAACAUGAAGGUGAAGAUGCUUGUUCGAAAUCCGGACGAGUACAUUCGUGAUACCUCACGCGAUCUGCAUAGACAUCAGCGGAAUGUCGCACCCGAGCUUCAUCCGAUGACCGUUGUUCGAGAGUACACAGCUGCCGUUAAUGCUGCCAAAUUGGACCGGAUUUUUGCAAAGCCAUUUCUUUGCUCCCUUGAUGGCCACCGGGAUGCGGUAGAACUUCUUGCAAAACAUCCUGAUCGAAUUUCUGGUGCCGUAAGUGCUUCUGCUGAUGGUGAACUUCGCUGGUGGGAUCUGAGUAACAGAAAGUGCGUCCGAGCCUUACAGGCUCACGACGGGCCAAUCCGGGGUUUGGUCUUUGGAAAAAGCGCUAACGUGCUUCUUACAGCUGGACAAGACCAAACCAUCAAACAAUGGCGAGGCGCGGAGAUAUGUCACACAAUCCUGUCGAAAAGUGUCAUCAUGGGACUUGCACACCACUACAAGAAUAAUAUGUUUGCAACCGCUGGCGAAACGGUGAGCUUAUGGGAGGAAGGUCGAAAUGAGCCGCUUCGCAGUUUUAACUGGGGCGUCGAUACAAUUUACAACGUAAUUUUCAGUCCAAUCGAAUACGAUCUUCUCGCAUCGCUUUCCAGUGACCGUUCAAUUGUUCUUUACGAUAUCCGAGAAGCAUCUCCCUUACGUAAGGUUAUCCUUGAAAUGCGAAGCAAUGCGCUGGCCUUUAACCCCAUGCAGGCAAUGCACUUUACUGUGGCAAACGAGAACUACAAUCUGUAUACGUUCGACAUGCGCCAUCUGAAGAAAGCUCUUCAGUCACACACUGACCACGUGGGAGCGGUUCUUUCCGUGGAUUACUCGCCAACAGGAACUGAAUUCGUUUCAGGAAGCUACGAUAAAAGUGUUCGCAUUUAUCCAGUUGAGUCGAUGCGUUCACGAGAAGUGUAUCACACUAAACGGAUGCAGAGGGUCACCUCUGUCAUGUAUUCAUUGGAUUCUAAGUAUAUACUCAGCGCUUCAGACGAAAUGAAUAUCAGAUUGUGGAAAGCAAAAGCCUCAGAGCAGCUAGGUAUCCAGUCGUUCCGCGAACGCAACACAAACAACUACAAUGAAACUCUCCUCCAGCGAUUCCAGCACCAUCCACAAGUCAAACGGAUAGUUCGCCAUCGACACAUACCAAAAACGUUGUACGCACAGAUUCAAGAGAAGCAAACGAUGGUUACCGCACGGAAACGGAAAGAGAUUCGGCGAAGGUUGCAUACCAGAGACAAGGAUAUGCGAUUGCCAGGAACCCGAGAAGAGGUUAUUGUUGAAGAACAAGAGUAGACUAAAUAUAUAUAGAUAUUAUAAAAUUUUAUAUAUAUACGUAUUAUAUAGCCAUGGUAAUUUUUGUGCAAGCAGACGUUUGGAUGUGAGAAAAAAUGCAAGAAAUGGCUGGGUCAGUAGUUCACUUGACCGGUGUUUCUAAUGAACAAUUAAAUUGGAUCUAAAAAGGGUGUUCCACUUACUUAUUACGUGUUUCGAUUGUGAGAUAUUUAUGAAUUUGUAAGAAAUAACCAAAACUAAGGACUCACUCUAGAACGCUAUAGCAAUGCAAACACUAGGGGCUAUAAGACCUUAAAGUAAAAGUUAAAAAUCAUCCUAGUUCAUGCCAGGCAUUAAUUCGAGGCAGUUAUAAAAAAUGAUAACUAUACAAAGGGUUGCUAUCGAUGAAAUCGGCGAAAUAUUUUCCACUGAAACCACAAAUGACACCAUCAGG